AUGGUUGGUCUUCACUCUGGGUCUCAUGCACGAAUGGGGGUAUUGAUUGGCUCCAUAGGAAAGCAAGUCGUUUUUGUGACCAACAACAGCACCAAGUCUCGUGUGGAUUAUUCCAAGAAGCUUGAGGGGCUCGGAAUUCCAAGUACAGUGGAAGAGAUAUUUUCGUCCUCCUACAGCUCCUCGAUCUACAUCUCACGCAUCCUCCAACUACCGGAAAACAAGCGCAAAGUGUUCGUCAUUGGCGAGUCCGGUAUUGAACAAGAAUUACGCUCCGAGAAUGUCCCUUUCAUUGGCGGCACAGACCCAGCUUAUCGCCGCGACAUAACCCCGGAGGAUUAUAAGUUAGUCGCUGCAGGCGAUGAAUCGAUUCUCGACCCGGAAGUUGGUGUUGUCCUUGUUGGAUUGGACUUCCAUAUCAACUAUCUGAAGCAGGCUCUGGCAUACCAUUAUAUUAAACGAGGAGCCGUGUUCUUGGCCACUAAUAUCGAUUCUACCCUACCGAACUCUGGGACUCUAUUCCCAGGGGCGGGAUCGAUGAGCGCUGCAUUGAUUAUGAUGCUAGGCAAGGAUCCUAUCGCCCUAGGUAAACCUAGUCAAGCCAUGAUGGAUGCAAUCGAGGGCAAAUUUCAAUUCGAUCGUAGCCGGGCAUGCAUGGUUGGAGAUCGCGUGAACACAGAUAUCCGCUUCGGCUUGGAAGGCAACCUUGGAGGGACUCUAGGUGUGUUGACUGGUGUCAGCUCGAAGGAGGAAUUUGUAUCUGGUGCUGUGCGACCUCAUGCGUAUCUGGAUAAACUCUCCGAUCUGCUCGCGUCGGAUCUUUAA